AUGGCCGAAAAGACAACGUGGAAUGUCGUGCUUGAUGACCGUCCAGACUUCGCAGCCGCCAUUCUCAACUCAAUGGGCCCAAUCUUCAGCGUCCCCAUCUAUCUAGUGACGAUCCUUCUUCUCCAGUAUCGAUAUGCAUUUUUUGAUCGUCCUUGGGCCAAGGGACUCCUUUCAAUCGCGCUUGCUGGGGGAUUCUGUGCUUUGCUCAUUGUCAAAUUGCUCUGCCGGCUCUGGGGCCAGGUCCUUCGGAAUAAUCUCCCCUAUUGGACACCAACCGUGGCUCAUUUGGACAAUGAUGGUGAUGUAUGCGUGGGGCUGCGGUGGCUCUACCGCCACAAGAAAUUGCUCCUCAAGAACGACGAAGGCCGCCUUGCCUCUCACGAAUUUGAUGAAUAG